UUGAGGUAUCAACUCGAUAUUUCAGAUGGCCUCGUCUCCCAGGCAGUAUGUUGUCGACGACCAUGCAAUGCCUUAGCUCCGAACGCACUUUAUGCCAACAAUGAGUGCAUUCCACGUGGACAGCUCAAUUCCGCAUGUACUACCAACGCCCAGUGUGGUGGUGGAGAAGGCAUGGAGUGUGUUAAGGGCCAAUGCCAGUGCUUUGCUGGAUUCCAUCCCACUGUCGACACCUUAACUCAUCCAAUGAAAAACCCAUCUCAAAGUUGUUCACGUGAUUGUGAAACGGAAGCACUCAGCAAGGAUACAUCCUGUAUGAAGCCUGGUGGUCUGGGUAGUCUCUGCUUCGUCCAACGGCAGUGCCCCCAGAAUUCCGGCUGCUAUCGAGGUCGUUGUAUGUGCCGCUGUGGAUUCGAACAGAAAGGAGACAAAUGUCAGGCACUUCCACCUCCACCUACUACAACACCUCAACCGAACAGUUAG